GGCAAUAUAAAAUAGUUUCGGGCUACACAGUGUGGUCAAACUCCCGUAUUCUGUGGUUGUGACUGGUUCAGUGAUCAAAGUCGUCAACAUUUGUCAACAAAACAAACUUAAAAGAUAUUUGCCAUCACUAAUCGAGGAGAGAGGCUAUGAUACGACUGCUUCUGCUUCUGGUCCUACCAUGUAUUAAUGGCCAGGGAUUUCAAUCUUCUAUCACCCCGAACUGGGGUCAAGUAGUUGGUUCAGCAGCCAAUCAGGAGAGACUUCUGGCUAGUCUGAUCACCAGAGGCUGGACACCACCAGCGGAUGUCCAGCGAGAACUAGCAACUGCUGCUCGGGUACGGCAGACUGUCACUGGUGGUAGAGAUGAAUUUGGAAAUAGAUUCAACUUUGGAUUCACACCGGAGCAAUUAAUGGCCCCCGGGCUAUCGAUAGAUGAGUUAAUUCCUACAAACAAUGGAGGUAGCUUUGGAAAUAUCCGAGAUCCUGGAGCGGCUAAUUCUCUGGCGAGCCUUCCUAACAACAUGCAGAUCCCGGGUAGUCUAACACAGGGGCUCGUUAACAGGGGUUUACUGGAUCCUACUCUUGUCAAUCCCAACCUCGCAGGACGGGGCUGAUCGACCCCACACUACAGGGAACGGGAUUUAUUGAUCCUACUCUCCAAGGCAGAGGUAUUGCAGAUUCUUCCCUCGCGGAAGCGGCGCUUUUAGGGCGGCAACGAAUGCCUGGUAUGGUCAACAUACUCCCUGAUGGUGGUCCACUCGGGCCAGGGGUUGGCCAAAUUGGACUUGGACGCCUUGGACCCGGACGCUUUGGACCCGGACGCCUUGGACCCGGGGUUGGCCCAAUUGGACUCGGACGCCUUGGACCCGGGGUUGACCCAAUUGGACUCGGACGCCUUGGACCCGGGGUUGACACAAUCGGACUCGGACCCCUUGGUCCCGACCCUCUGGAUCCCAUAGGACCAGGAGUGAUAGGUAUAGCAGGACGCGAUCACCAUGGUCACGACGAUCAUAACGAUCAUAGUAUCAAGGCUGUAAAGGGCGAGUUGGUAAAAAACAAAAUCAUCAAAAAGAAGCUGAAGAAAGAACUCAAGGCUAGGAAACAAAUAAAGAAGGAACAAAGAAUAACGAAGAAAAUUUUACGUGGCAAAGGAGGUAUCGGUGGCACGAAUGGACAGAUAGUGCAACAUGGCGACCAUUUUCAUCUCGAUGACAAAAUUUUGAAAGUCGUUGGUUCUACAAGGACACACCAUCACCCACCACCACCACUCCGACGAGAUUUACGGAAAAGGAAAAACCCGGUCAGCAAUCUAGUAACAGGGCUGCUGUUAGGAGGCUUGGGGGCCCUGUUGGGAGGGAAAUAAGUACCCGGGUUAUACCACAUGCAACAUACCAAAUACGUGAGCUGUCUCAUUGACUUUACUUUGUCUGUGAUUUUUAUCAAAUCUAACUUUUCUCAUUGCUUUUUUAUCUUUCUUCAAAUACAUUUUUGUGAUGUUUUAAAACUCUUUUAAUAGCCAUUUGUAUUUCAUUUCUAUGUUUUAUUACGAUGUAGAUAUGGAUGAGGUCAUUAGAUACGAGGAUUACUUGCUAGAAGAUGUUUAUAUCGAGUACAUUUCAAAAUAAUAAACAUUUUGAUGUUGUUAUUCGGGGAAUUUUAAUUCAGCGUCGCUAUAUUGUUCAAUUUUGAGGAUAUCAUGAAUGUACAUUAAAAGGGUAACAUUUGUUGUCAAAUUUUCCAAAAGUACGAAGAAAAAAAUCCUAAUAUAUGGUAAUUAAAAUAGGACUUAUCGUCUUUCCAUCCACUAAUUUUUGAAAUAAUUUCUAUUUUUUGGAAGAUUCAAACAUACGAGCGCUUAACCUGAUCUAAUUCUCACCUUUAUGCUUUCCCCAAAUAUUGCAGUACAAUAACACAAACAGGUUGGUAAUAAUGUUACUACCUUUAUCUCCAAUCUUGUAUAUGUAGGUAACGUUAGUGAACAAAGACAUAUAAUGCCAUGGACAAAAAACAAUAUAAAUGUACGAUUUAGUAUACAUCAUUUUUUAUUAUUAUUAGUAGGUGACAGGUGUCACCAGUAUAAGACCGCCCUAAGGACCGUAAUGUCCUACACCAGAGGCCACUGCCGAGGCGACUGGCUGUAAACCAAGUGUUUUCUAGAGGCCACCGCCGAGACGAUUGGCUGUGAACCUAAGGUGUGGACAGAAGGUGUUUUAUAUAAAUAUCUGCCUGAACAGUCCGAAAUAUCUCCAUUUACACCCAAAUACAAUGCACGACAGUUGUAUUAAGAUAGAAAAUAACAAAAACAUAAUUUACUGUUAUUCAUGAAAGUGAGAUAUAGACAACUGCUUUAUAUGUAUAUAACUAUAAUUGUUUUAAUACACUUAGAUAUCGCAACAUCAGUCAAAACGGAUAUUUCCUUCAAACAUUCUUUUUACCGAAUCAAUAUGUAACUAUUUUUACGUUUUAAAUCCCAAAAUACACAUGAAAACAAAAACAAAACAAAAAACAACAAGACACAGAAAAUAACAAUAGAAAGGGCUAUCUAGGUUCAAAUGCACCCGUCCCCUAUCUUCGUUACUUUGGUUUAGAAUCAACUGAAAUGUUGAUGAAUUUGUAUAUUGAUUACAAAUAUGUUCUCAGAAAAUAACACCGCUGUUCAUCUUGAUGUCGCCUUCGAUUUUAUCACUGUUAACGUAUGGCUGGUGCUACAAUUAUAAGAAUAUUGUAUUUUUUGUGUCACUUUGAUAUAUAAAUGUAUAUAUCUUUUAACUACAUAGUUAUGUGUAUAGGUAAAUUAAUCAUUUUCAUUUCAAUAUUGUGUGAACUACUCGGGCAGCUACUUAUGAUAUUUAAGAAAAAAGACCUAUUCCAGUACUUCUCUAACCGUACGGAGAUAUGUACAGUAAAAUACUUUUAUUAUCUAUCAUACAUCGUAGGAUCUCAUUGCUGUUUUUAUUUUACCAGAACAAACAUUUUAACUGGCAUUUUUAAAGGACCUCGACAGUUUGCUAAAGUAUACAAUUAUCUUGUUGGCGAGGUCAAUAUGAGGUUAAAAUGUUUGUACCAGUGACCGAUGAAGUGGUAAAGAUAGUUGUUUUCAGGGUUGAUAAACAUGCAUUGUUUAGUAUAUCAAUUAAUAUAUACCUCACCUAUAUAUGUCAUUAAUGUACGAUUUCAUAUAGAUCAUUGUAAUUACCAGUUUUAAUGUCAUACACCUGUAAACAUUUGUACAUAUUGUCUGUAAAAUCAACGUUAUUUUUAUAUGCUGUAUAGAUCUGCAAUCUAUGUGAUACUCUUUGUAAUACCACUGUCCUUAUGGUACAUUUCCUUUGUAUAUGAAAUGAAAAUAAAUUCUAAUAAACUGAAA